CUGUAUUCUUUACUCUUAACAGAAAAAAAAAAAAGAAGCAAAAAAAGAAAAAGAAAAAAAAAAGUCAUCUGCUCUUUCUAGUAUUCUGAAGACGAAGUGAUGCUUCGAGGCUUUCAGAUUCCCCUGUGAUCUCUGCGGUUUGCCUAUAAUUUCUGAAUUUUCAUUGGAAGGUUCGCAAGAAUUGCACUAGAGACGCUGUUUGGAGAUGAAAUUGGGCUAAAUUCAUCAAUUCUAGGGUUUGCUGUUUUUGAUAUUUCCGAAAACUUUUCCUGCUUCUCCUUCUUGAAUUUUCCUCUUUAUUUCUUCGAAUCAUUUAGUAUUGGUGUAAUUGGGCGUUGCCGCUGGGGAUCGGGAGCUGAUUAAGCGAAGGUUGGAGAAAAUCCAUUUUUUGCUGAGGCCAAGUAGUACCUAUUCUGCAGGCUGGUGGAUGGCCAGGAAAGAUAAGUUGCGUGGAGGUAGUUCCACUGGUUUUGCCGCUAAUUAUGGAUCGGAGGGCUCUGGCAGUUCAGGGAGAUUCGAUGCUAGAAUUGCUGCUUCAGGACAUUCAAUUGCUCCUCAGCAGAGAUGGAUAAAUAUAAAUUCUUCUUCACAUGAUGGUUUUGCUGUGCCCAUCCAAGUUAUACCGUUAUUCAAGCUGUCACCAUCUGAGAGGAAAAACUUGGUUCUGCAGUUGAGAUCUGAUCUUGAACAAAUUAGAAUUCUUCAGAAGAAAGUUGAGUUUAAUAGGACAAGUGUAGUUGCAGUUUCAUCUUCUAGUGAUAUUGUUAGCUGUAGCAAUGCACAGAAAGGGCUUCCUUUAUCAAUCAAGAAGAAAUCUGCAGGAAACCCUGGGUUUGGAAAAAAGUCAAACCCUCUUGCUCAGAAGACACGAGGCCUAAGCAGGGAGGUGUCAGGCAGGUUUAAAUCUGUUAAGCCUGCUUCAGUACCAUCCAGUUCAAAUGCAACAUUGAUGAAACAGUGUGAGAACUUGUUGAAAAAAUUGUUGUCGCAUCAGCAUGCUGGUGUGUUUAAUGAACCUGUUGACAUAGUUAAAUUGAAUAUUCCCGACUAUUUCACUGUCAUUAAACACCCAAUGGAUUUGGGGACGAUAAAGAAGAGGCUGACUUCAGGUGCUUACUCGAGUCCACUGGAGUUUCUUGCUGAUGUGAGACUGACGUUUUCUAAUGCAUUGACCUACAACCCCCCUGGUAAUAUUGUCAAUUUCAUGGCUGGUGAGAUGAGCAAAUUUUUUGAACUGAGAUGGAAAACUAUUGAGAAAAAGCUGCCUGCAAACCAUGCUGAAUUAGUGGAAGAAAAAUCAGGCUUGCAUGAAGAAAAUGGAACUGCUUCAAAGAAGAGGAGAUUGUCUCCAUCGCAGCAUGUAGUUAUGCCAGAACCUCCUAAAUGCAAGAUGACUGAUGAAGAGAAACAUAAACUAGGUGGUGAACUAGAAGCUUCACUUGGUGAUCUGCCUGACAACAUCAUUGAGUUUUUAAAGGAACAGAGUUCAAAUGGAAUGUCAACUGGAGAAGAUGGAGAAGAUGACAUUGAGAUCGACAUUGAUGUUCUCUCCGAUGAUACUUUGUUCAGGUUACGGGAGCUUCUAGAUAAGUUUUUGCAAGAGAAACAAAAAGGCAAUGCAAAAGCUGAACCUUGUGAGAUAGAGCUGCCAAAUGAAUUGGGGCUUAGUAAUUCAUCCAUGCAUCUAGAAGGAGAUAAUGACCAUGCUGACGAGGAGGUUGAUAUUGGUGGAAAUGAGCCUCCUGUCUCCAGUUAUCCUUCACUUGAGAUUGAAAAAGAUACAGAUCCCAAAAGAGAUGAACGUAUAAAUACAGGGGGUCCAAAUGAUUCAGAUUCUAGGAGCUCUUCUGAUGAUGAGUCUGAAACUCAAAGAACAUCUGAUCAUGCUGAGAAGGAUCACAGUUCACCAGUAAAGGCAGAUGGAAAGGAAGUUGGCAAUAGUUUAGCUGAUGGAAAUCAGUCUAUCAGCGGCAUGGACCAGCUGGAACAAAGUUCUCAGCAAAUGCCAUUCUCUGUUGAGUCAGAAGCAUAUCAAGAUGAGGAGAGUGAGUUUAGUGAGAGGAGGGUCUCCCCUGGAAAGCUCUAUAGGGCUGCUCUCCUGAAGAACAGAUUUGCGGAUACAAUUUUAAAAGCUCGAGAGAAGACACUUGUUGAGGUUGAGAAGGGCGAUCCGGAGAAACUUCGUCGUGAAAGGGAGGAACUUGAGAUGCAGAGGAGGAAAGCAAAAGCUAAGCUGCAAGCAGAAGCCAAAGCUGCUGAAGAAGCUCAAAGACGUGCAGAAGUGGAAGCUGCAGCUGAGGUUAAGAGGAGGAGAGAGCUCGAUAGAGAAGCAGCAAGACAGGCAUUACUCCAGAUGGAAAAGACCGUAGAGAUUAAUGAAAAUUCAAAGUUUCUUGAGGAUUUGGAGAUGCUGACUGCAGUCCCUUCUGAGCAGUUACACAGCUCGGUAGAUGAGACCAGUCCGGAUCAUUCCCAGGAUGGGUUAGGUAGCUUCAAAUUUGGAGGCAGUAAUCCCUUGGAGCAACUUGGGUUGUACAUGAAGGUGGAUGAUGAUGAGGAAGAAUGUGAACCGGCUACUGUCCCAAGUGAUCCUAUUGAUGUUGAGGAAGGUGAAAUUGAUUAAGCUAUUACCCUCUGCCACACCGUGUUGCUGUAUCAUAGUUUUCAGAAAUAUGUAAUAGGUCUUAACGAACAUGAAUCCCUCUUCCACAUUGAAAGCCAAAAACAAAAUUAGAAAAAAAAGAAGAAGAAGAACAGAACAAGCAAAUAUGGGAAGUGUUGAUUUGGCAUUUCAGUUUGUAAUUGGAUGUGAGAAAAGAAGAAAAAAGAAUUGUGUGGAAGUCCUCUGCUGUUUCACCUUUACUGAUUUUCAGCUUUGCAUUUUAAUAGCCUAUUAUAUAGAAAUGUGAAGCCUGGACGACCAAGGGCAAUAUCGUCAUUUUGCGCCUCCACAAAAAAAUCUUCUUUGUACGAUUCUCUCAAACUCGCUUCAGCUCUUUUCAUAAUUCUAGAACUAAGAUCUUUCUUCUAGAACAAUCAGUGCUUUUCGAUAAACAUGGACUCUCUUCGCUUUACUCAUCGUCUGGGCUUGCAGUUUUUUGGGAAGAACCAUGGAGAUACAUAACACAGUUAAAGUACCAUCAUCCACAUGACAUUGUUCGCGUGCAAGCAUUCAUGGUUACAUGAUUCUCAACGCACUGUUAAUGCUUGGCAGGUAAAGUUAAUGAUCCUGACUCAGAGCAUGACUACGUAUGAUAAGACCAUCUCCAACCCAUCUCUAUUAUGCUCGCUGGUUAGUGAAGUUGGAGUCCUGACUAAUCUUCACCAAGCUGUUCUUUGCUUUCAGUUUUCAAAUAUAACUCCUAAUAACAUGUCGAAGUGUAUUUUGUCGUAGACUUCAUUGAGAGUGGAAUAUGUUUGAGAAAUUUGUAGAAUUCGGUUUCGCGUUGCUUUUAUCCUCUUCUAUGAAAUGCUGAUGUUUCUCCUAAUAUUAAAGCUGUUCUUUUUGAUGGAGUGAAGGAUACACUAAAAUCGCCUCCACCAGAAAAUCAGACCAUAAAGAAAUAAGCGCUAUAGUUAUUACCACGUGCUGUGGUUGCUCCGGAUAUGUAGCCUUUAAGAACGACACAUCAGGGAACCCCUUGGCAGGUUUCUACGAGCUGUUUUGGCUUGUUUUGCCAAUGCCUGCAUAGUCCUUCAUCUGGUUGGAGGGUAUCAGAUAAAAUUAAAAUUUGAGUAUUUUCCUUCCCCCCUUUACUUAGUUUAUGAAAAUUUUAACUUUAACACAGAGAAAGUGCUCGUUUCCUUAGGUAUGUAGCCAGCCAAUAGUCACAUUUGUUGAAAAAUGGGCAACUAAGAAGUACCCUGAGAACAGAUUCUUAAAAGUUCUACACCAUUAAACAUCCGGCAUUGCCAGCUCUUCAGUUGAACCUAUUCUGGUUAUGUUUUCGGACUCUAUAUGUUAUAUCGACAAAAAUAAUAGCAACGGCAUUUCCUUAUUUCAAUCAGGUAUUAGGAAUCUUGGGAGCAUUGAACUUUUGGCGUAUGACCAUAUAUUUUCCAGUGGAAAUGUACAUUGUGCAAGGAAAUAUUGGAGCUUGGAAAAUAAAUAAAGGAUACUUCUUGAAGGGUUCAUUAUGAUCUGCUUGAUUGAGUAUCUCAGAGAAUAUUUAAUAGUUAUUCUGAAAAGAGUCAUAAGGUGAUUGAUAAAGUGAACUCAUUUAAUCUAGAUUUUGGACUUGAAAUCGAUUUUCGCCUACUAGGUAUUCUCGAAUAUUCAGCAGCGCAAGAAAGGCUAUUCGAUAAUCACAAGGUUGAGGUGCUCAUCGAGAAGGUUGCUCUCAGAAAAAUAUCUAUUAGUAUGCAAAUUGCAGAAACAUAGUGUUGACUGAUGACACUUGUAAUGAAGCCCGAAGGAGAACUCUGGCUGAAGGCCUGGAUUGAUUGCAAUUUGGCCUUAAACAGAGGAGUCCUCAGGUAAGCUUCAUGCCAGUUUGACUAAGGUAAGGGGGGAAGACCUCAUUUCGUCAUUCAUAUCUAUUCGUCGUAGCACUGUUUCGGUGAUUCAAUCCGACAUUUCAUUUCCCCCUUUAUCAUUUGAUUUUUCUCAUCUAAGAGCUGAUCUUGCAAAAGGAGUACAGUGCGAUAACAAGCGAUUUGUGAUCAAUAAAAAGUACCACCGAAUUCUGUACCCAUCAGUCUUGUAUCCUCACCUUAGACAGUUUCACUUGGUUAUGAAAGAAAGGCUUUAUCCCUAGCGUUUUACAGGUCAGAGUACCUUCUUCUUCAUUUUUCAGCCGCUACACCAAAACAGAUUAAAAAAACUAUAAAAUUGGGUGACGUCACCCAUGAUGAAGUGAAAACCAUUGGCAACUGCUCUUUUCGUGAACUAAAUUCUUUGUGGUAUGUGAACCUGGAAUGCUGCAUAUGGAGCCCCUCUUGAAGUAUAUCUACGAAUUAUACACUGAUUACGUCUUGAAGAAUCCUUUCUACGAAAUGGAAAUGCCAAUUCAGUGUGAGCUCUUUGACAUAAAUUUAUCACAGGCAGUUCAGAAAGAUCGUGUCGCCUUAUUGUGGAGAUGAGCUUCUCAGCCAUAAGUUGUUGGUUGAUCUAUAAUUUGGUAAGUUUGCUGACAGGUCCAAAUAUGACAUCUGGAGUGUGAUUUUUUCUUUGUUGUUUCGGGAUAAUGGCUUGUAAGGUAAAAUUUUGAGAAAGCAUUUUUUGUGCACGAUCAUCAACUUGUCGUGGCUGAUUUUAAUGUCGUUGAGUUACACACACUGCUCUUAUCUAUAGAGGAAUUUCAUCUUACCUAAAUAUCCUAAGCAUCUGUAUAGCUGUUGCAGGUCAUAAGCUGCUGCUAUAGCAGAAAAGUUUAAAACUCAAAAAGGAAACAAGAUUGAAAAGCGUUGUAUUUGCCGACACACUAUGGAGUAUAUGUCUAAUUUCCAUUUGUGCUGUUCCAACAUAUGUCCAUAGACUACAUAAUUAUCACUUAUAAGUUGCAAAUAGUACAAAAACUUUGGCUUAAUUUCUAGUUUCUAUUUUUUUAGUUGAUUGAUUUUUAUUUUUAUUUUUAUUUUUGGUUUUUGAAGGUACUUCAAAACAACUCUACUUUCUAUUCUUUUAGUUGAUAGAUUAAUCAAGAUGUAUUUGAAAAUUUAAAUAAUUCAUGUGUUUUUUUUCCA